UUUGUUGCCACAUCCUGUCUGCAAAAAGAGAGAUAGAAGAGAGAAGACAGUUGUUGCAGGGUAGAGACCCCCCUAAGUGCCUGGAGCCAGACUAUCUAUAUUUUUGUCUUACAUAAAAAGAGAUUGGACCAUGACUUACUGGCAAAUUAUCAGAGGCAUGGCAAAAACCAGAAUGACCUACUUCGAGAUUUUUAGAUAACAGACCAGAAAUGAUGUGAAAGAAGUAAGAAUGCACUCCAGAAGAUAAUACAUUGCUUUGGGCGUUAUUAAGGAGCAGAAAUUCCAGUUAUUUAAAAUGUAACUGCCUUGAAGUCUGCUGUCUUUGUUACCUGUGGCAGAGGCUUACAGAGGAGUCGCUGGUCAGCUUUGGUGGACUGUCGUCUGUGCCGACCUCAUGCUGCCCAGAAGCUUUGGACGACAUGGAUAUUAUCGUUUGAGUGUACGUCACUGGGCUCCCUACUCAACCUCUAAAGAAAAAAAGCUUUUUGCGGUGGUGCGUCUACUAAAUCCAUCAGGACCGGAAUGCUUUUAUGCUAAAAAAGCUCUCGGCCCACCGCAAAUCAAAAAGAGGGUGGAUGAAAGCACAAUAGUCUGCGGGCUACACAGGAGGACUGUGAGACUCUGGCCUGUGGCUAGGGCAGGGCAGAAGGUGGAGGAAUAUACCUGGGUGCAGCGUCAGAUUGUUCUACAAUCCAGAGUUGUCAUAUAACACACCACUUGUUGGGAAAUCUUCAAUAAAAAAGGUUGUCGCAGAGCCAGGAUGAGCGAGGAGAACAAGGAGUGGGCAAUCCUGAGCCCGGAGGAGUUCACCCAACUGCAGAAGUACAUUGAUUACAGUACCAAAAAGGUUCAAGAUGUGCUGCAGGAGUUUUAUGGAGAGGGCACCUCAAGUCAUCAAGUACCUGAAGAGUCAAUAGAUUUCGAGGGCUUUAAGCGUUUCAUGAGAACAUACCUGGAAGCAGAUGACAUUUCUCCUGAUCUCUGCAAGCGGCUCUUCAUGUCUUUUCAGGCAGUACCCAAUGUGGAUGGAGAAGAAAAUCAGGCGGCCGGGUCACAGGAAAAUGGUCGGAUAAGCCUGAAUGAUGUGUCCUGUUAUUUUUCCUUGCUGGAAGGGGGAACAGCUGAGGACAAACUUGAGUUCACUUUCAAAUUGUAUGAUAAAGACAGUAAUGGACUUCUGGAUAGCUCUGAGGUAGAUCGGAUUAUAACACAAAUGAUGAGAGUAGCCGAAUACUUGGACUGGGAUAUUACAGAACUUAAGCCGAUGCUGGAAGAGAUGAUGAGGCAAGUGGAUUAUGAUGGCAAUGGGACUGUUUCCUAUGAGGAGUGGCUGAAAGGAGGACUCACUACAGUGCCCCUAUUGGUGCUGCUGGGAAUGGAAGCAAAUAUAAAAGAUGAUGGACAACACUUGUGGCGUCUUAAACAUUUUAACCGCCCUGUUUACUGUAAUGUGUGUGAAGCGCUGCUCUUUGGGGUCAGGAAGCAAGGCUUGUGCUGCACGUUCUGUAAGUUUACUGUGCACGAACGCUGUGCUCGGAAAGCACCAAAUGACUGCAUCAGCACCUAUGCCAAGUCCCGCAAGGAUGCCAGUGGCCAGACCCACAUAUGGGUGAGAGGAGGCUGUGAGGCCAACAAGUGCGAUAAAUGUCAGAAAAAGAUAAAAAGCUUCCAGAGUCUAACUGGUCAGCGCUGUGUCUGGUGUCACAUAAAGGUUCAUGAUGAAUGUGUUCCCUUUACCCCUCUGAAGUGUGAUGGUGGCAUCCUGCGGGAUCACAUAUUGCCUCCUUCAUCCAUUUAUCCAGUAAUCCUGGAGCGGCAGAACAGCCAGAAGAACCUUAUAGCUUCCCCAGAAGAAACGUCACAGAGCUUCAGCAGUGCAGAGGGCCAGGCAUUGCGGGUAGUGCCAAUAUUAGACACUCACCCUCUACUCGUCUUUCUCAAUCCAAAAAGUGGAGGAAAGCAGGGAGAACGAGUUCUUCGCAAGUUCCAAUAUCUGCUGAAUCCCCGACAAGUCUAUAACCUGCUAAAGGGGGGCCCUGCACCUGGGCUGAAUUUUUUCCGGGAUGUUCCUGAUUACCGGAUCCUGGUGUGUGGUGGGGAUGGUACUGUUGGCUGGAUUUUGGAUGCCAUUGAUAAAGCCAAUCUCCCAGAAAGACCACCUGUUGCUGUGCUGCCCCUUGGCACUGGCAAUGACCUUGCGCGAUGUCUCCGAUGGGGAGGAGGCUAUGAUGGAGAAAAUCUAGUUAAAGUAUUGAAAGACAUUGAAAUUAGCACAAUCCUUCUGAUGGACCGAUGGAAUGUUGAAGUCAUACCUGAGAACCCUAACGAGAAGGGAGACCCUGUCCCAUAUGAGAUAAUCAACAACUACUUUUCCAUUGGAGUGGAUGCUUCCAUCGCUCACCGGUUCCAUGUUAUGAGGGAGAAAUAUCCUGAGAAAUUCAAUAGCAGGAUGAAGAAUAAGCUGUGGUAUUUUGAGUUUGCUACAUCAGAGACUGUUUUCUCUACGUGCAAAAAGCUGAAGGAGUAUGUUACAAUUGAGUGUUGUGGCUCGACCUUGGAUCUGAGUUCUGUAUCACUUGAAGGUAUUGCUGUCAUUAACAUACCCAGCAUGCAUGGCGGCUCCAAUCUGUGGGGAGAGACGAGGAAACCUCUGGGGGAGGCACGAAAUGCUUCAUGUCAUAACCAACCAGAGGUCAUCACUGAUCCUGAGGCUUUGAAGGCAUGUGUCCAAGAUCUUAGUGACAAGAGGCUGGAAGUGGUGGGAUUGGAGGGUGCCAUGGAGAUGGGACAAAUUUAUACCGGUCUGAAGAGUGCAAGGAAACGAUUGGCGAAAUGCUCAGAGAUUACUAUACGAACCACAAAGCCAUUGCCAAUGCAGAUUGAUGGGGAGCCCUGGAUGCAGCCACCAUGCACAAUCAAGAUCACACACAAGAAUCAGGCACCAAUGCUGCUGGCACCUCCACCAAGAUCCUCAAGUUUCUUCUCCCUCAAGUAACAAACAGGGUCAGCAAGACCUUAAAUUAUCAAUGAUGACUUCUUCUAGCGUCAGAAAUCAGGAGUCCAUGGACCUUUAGCAUAGCCCUAUUCCCUCACUUUUCUCCUGCUGUAAACCAAUUGUAUGGUCGGCUCAUCGAGGGAAAGCCUACCUGCCUUCAUCAGUGCUUUUUGACCAUCUUGAUUAACAGCUGGGCUGUCAUAGAUCAUGAGAAAUAUUCGCUAUAUGAGCAGUAUGUGAAAAAAUAAUUUCAUUUUCUGUAAGAGCUUUAUAUAUUAUGUAUUUUCAAGCAUAACACACUGACAUAUGAAGAUCUUGUGUUCCUAGAGGCCUGUUAGAUAUACUACUCUUUACAUUCAUCUCACUGUAUUCUUAAAUACUACUGUACAGAUAACCACUGAAGCAUAGCACAUAUACAGUACUAGGAUAGGAAUAUAUUUUCCACAAAAGCUAUUUUAAUUGUAUUUGUGACAUCUCCAUUCUACAAAAAUUUCCAUUGAGAUUAUAUGUUUACAAAAUCCGGUAUUUUUACAUUAGAGUUAUAAAGGAAGACUUACAUUAGGCGGUCAGUCAUAGAAAAGAAUAGAAAGUACAAGCUUACCGCCCAUAUGUUCCAUAGCUGCAGUGUAUAGUAAUAUACUAUUGAGAAUGUUACCUAUAUUCUAUUGCAGUUUCACAAAAAGGUACGAACCACAAAAGCUUAGGAAAUCAGAUUACAUUGCACUGUUUUUAUUUAUAUUUUUAACUUAUGACGCAUAUACUGAGCAUUUAUAAAAGUGGCAGAACGUAAUUUAAUUUAGAUAAUAAUUUUAAUGAUAGUAAAUAAAUUCAUACAACAUUGAUUACUGUUUCUGGAAACAGAAGCCUCGCUUAUUACAUUGUGUUGCCAAAUUCAGUUUACACAAUUCCGCAUAUGGAUAUUUUUAAAUAUUGAUUCUGCACAGUCAUGUUUUAGAGGAAAUACAGCAAGAAAAACAUAACAUAAAAAGCCUGCUGAUGCAUAAAGUUAAAAAGAAGAAAAAUGUCAGAUUACUAGGAGAUGAUUUAGAAAUAGCACUUCAAUUAAUUACAUUCAGAGGAACAUCUUUAAAUAUGAGAUAAUGUAACCACUACUGUCAGUUGUAAGGAUUAGCAGUUAUGGAUUUAUGCACCCUGUCCCCUGCUGUCCUUAAGAUGCAGUGAACCUUGGGGCAGAUGUAUUAACCUGGAGAAGGCAUAAGGAA